GCGUCUCCGCAGCCUGAGUGCUGCUGUGGUUCUUCAGCCGUUUGAUUCAGAGCCGAGUGCGGGGCGCUCUCCUCGUCUGGCCGCCGGACGAACACGGACAUGGCGCAGCGCCGCCCGCCUUCCUGAUCCCAGCAUCGAACCCGCGGCUUCAUGUCCGCAGGAGCCAGAGCUGCCUGGUCGAAGAGGGGCUGCGGGGAUUCGCACCGCCGAGAACCAGGGAAACACAAACACAGGAGAUGUGAGCGGCCCCUUAGCUCUCAGCCAUCAGAGCCUGUGAUCGGUCGCCCGGGCUCCAGAAGGUGAUUGUCGCACAGCAAAGGGACUUUGUUUGGAGCUACUGGACACAAGGGGCACUGUCCUCUGAUUGGCUCGGACAACCCCCACUGACAUGCCCGUGGCCAAUCAGAGGUGUGUUAUGUCGGGGGCGGAUGUGGAGGUGUACCUGUCCCAGGUGCAUGAUGGGAGUGUGUCGUCCGGCUUCCGGGCGCUGUACGAGGAGCGUUUGCUGCUGGACGUCACCCUGUUGAUAGAGGAGCAUCACUUCCAGGCCCACAAGGCGCUUCUGGCCACACAGAGCGACUAUUUCCGGGUGAUGUUCACGGCUGACAUGAGGGAGAGGGACCAGGACAAGAUCCACAUGAAGGGGCUGACGGCCGCUGGGUUCGGCCACAUCCUCCGCUUCAUGUACUACGGCUCGCUGGAGCUCAGCAUGCCCACUGUCCAAGAGAUCCUGCAGGCGGCCAUGUACGUCCAGCUGACGGAGGCGGUGGAGUUCUGCUGCUCCUUCCUGUUGGCCAAGAUCUGUCUGGAGAACUGUGCCGAGGUCAUGCGGCUCCUGGAGGACUUCAGCGUGGGCGUGGAGGGCGUCCAGGAGCAGCUAGACAACUUCCUCCUGGACAACUUUGUCCCCCUCAUGAGCCGACCCGACUUCCUGUCCUACCUCAGCCUCGAGAGACUGCAGGCGUACCUGAACAGCGACGCUCUGAGCCGCUUCCCAGAGAUCGAGCUCUACGAGGCCGUUCAGUCGUGGCUGCGUCACGACCGGCGGCGCUGGCGGCACACGGACACCAUCGUGCAGUCCAUCCGCUUCUGUCUCAUGACGCCCGCCAACGUCUUCGAGAAGGUGAAGACGUCGGAGUUUUACCGGUACUCCCGGCAGCUGAGGCAGGAGGUGGACCAGGCGCUCAGCUACUUCCAUGAUGUCAACCAGCAGCCCCUGGUGGAGACGCGCUCCAACCGCAUCCGCUCCGUGCGCCCGCAGACCGCCGUCUUCAGGGGGAUGAUCGGCCACAGUAUGGUCAACAGCAAGAUUCUGCUGCUGCAACGCCCCAAGGUGUGGUGGGAGCUCGAGGGACCUCAGGUGCCGCUGCGACCCGACUGCCUGGCCAUCGUCAACAACUUCGCCUUCCUGCUGGGCGGAGAGGAGCUGGGGCCGGACGGAGAGUUUCACGCUUCCUCCAAAGUCUAUCGCUACGACCCGCGACAGAACUCCUGGCUGCGCAUGGCGGACAUGUCUGUGCCCAGGUCAGAGUUUGCCGUUGGCGUCAUUGGUAAGUUUAUUUACGCUGUGGCCGGCCGCACGCGAGACGAGACCUUCUACUCCACCGAGCGCUACGACAUCACAGAGGACCGCUGGGAGUUUGUGGACCCGUACCCGGUCAACAAGUACGGCCACGAGGGGACGGUUCUGAGCGGGAAACUCUACAUCACUGGAGGAAUCACCUCCUCCUCCACCUCCAAACAGGUGUGUGUGUUCGAUCCAGGGCGGGAGGCAGGAGGAGGAGGAGGAGGUGGUGGAGGAGGUGGAGGAGGUGGAGGAGGAGGAGGAGGAGGCAGCUCGGGGGGAUCGGACGCACACAGGACACGCACCGGCCGAGGCCCACCGCUGCCCGGCGCUCAGGCCAGCUGCUGGGAGAACAAAUCCAAAAUGAACUACGCCCGCUGCUUCCACAAGAUGAUCUGUCACAACGGGAAGCUGUACGUGUUCGGGGGGGUGUGCGUGAUCCUGCGGGCUUCCUUCGAGUCGCAGGGCUGCCCGUCCACCGAGGUGUACGACCCGGACACCGACGAGUGGACCAUCCUGGCCUCCAUGCCCAUAGGGCGCAGCGGCCACGGGGUGGCGGUGCUGGACAGGCAGAUCAUGGUCCUUGGGGGCCUGUGUUACAACGGCCACUACAGUGACUCCAUCCUCACCUUCGACCCGGACGAAAACAAGUGGAAGGAGGAUGAGUAUCCCAGGAUGCCUUGCAAACUGGACGGUCUGCAGGUGUGCAGUCUGCAUUUCCCCGAGUAUGUGCUGGAGCACGUCAGACGCUGCAGCUGAGGUCUGCUCCACUACAAGCCUCCUUUUAUAGAAACCAGAUGCACUGGUCGGCGACUGCAGCCUCCUGCUGGGAGGUCUGGUGUUACAGGCUCCACCGACCUGCAGGCUUUAAACUAGAGACCAGCUCUCACCCGGGUCAGGAAGAGGUCGACUCCUCUGAACGAAGGCAGCUGACGCUUGGCCUGGUGACGCCACAACACUCAGCUGGAACAUUUCAGAAUUAGCUUUCUCAGAAAAUAAUGAAAACUAAUCGUGGGGAGAAAAACAUGUUUCAUUCUGCUGGUUUCUGUUUGGACUGAGGUCAGUUUCCUGUUCUACUGCUCACUGACUGCAUCGUGUCAGAAUCACUGCAGAAACGCACUGGAAGCGUCAGAAUCACUCAACAAGCAAACAGGAGUUUGAGUUCAUCAGUUAAACAAACCUGCUUCCAUCAACCGAGUCAAACUCAGACAAACAUCCUGUUUAUCUGUAAUCAGUUAAGACUCUAGUUAGCGAAAGCAAAGCACUGAACGCGGCUAUUUCUAUCAAACAAUGUUGAAAUAAUAAAUAUAACACUAUACAAUGAGGUAUAUAAUCUAACUGCAACAUUAUAUACUGUAGUGUAGUUCACUUUAGAGCCUGUUUCCAGAUAUAUGAAGCAGACGGUUGAUUUCUUUGCCUCCAGAUGUUCAAGUUCAGGUAAAUUCAGGUUUCACUUCCAGUGCGUUCCAGCUCCUCAGCCCAAACUCUGCUCGUUACUUCCAGAAAUCCACGAUACUGUGCUCAUGUUCACACGUCUCUUAGCGCCCCCCCCCCCCUCCUUCAUCUGUCUCAUCGUUUUCAGAGCAUUUGUGUGUCGAUGAGAGAGUGAGCUGAAAACCCCCCAAAGCCACGUGGAACACGAGGCCUUGUUCUCCACUGGGGGACGAGGGUGUCGCAUUAGAACAGAGGAAGGGGCUCGUCUGCCUGCUUCGAAAAGAUGGAUCUCCGUCUCAGAGCCUCAGAGCUUUACAACCGGUCGGUUCUGUUUGUGUGUCACUGCACAGCGAACCCGAGUGUCUCAGGACGCGGUGAAGCUGGAGACGUUCAGACUCAGCUUCUGAAAUUAACCUUCUGGCUGACGGGUCUUUUCGGGAACUGAAAGAGUGUCCAUCAUAAAAUAUGCAGCUAGGUAAAAUAUUUGAGAAACUUCAGGCCUCAUGGAAGAACAUUUUGAUCAUAAACUAAAUGUUGACUUUUGAUCAACAGUCUGAAACCUAAAGAUUCAAACUUUCUGAUGACAUGACAAAGAAUAGCAACAGUCUUGACUUUGACUUGAAGGGAACAACCUGAAGUAGGUGACGUUACUCUGUGGAUGAUACUGGUUGAAAUCUGCAUUUCCAACAGCUUCUGAAAGUUUGAUUUCCUUUUAGCUGUGGAGAAACUGUCAGUACAGAAAGUUCUCCUCAGAACAAAGUAAGAAUUGGUUCAUCCGAGUCCUUCCCGCCUGAGGCCUCAUUUAUUUAACCUGGAGACCUGGUCGAUACGUUUCAGGCUCUGUGAGUUUGAAUUCAACAGCCACCACAACUCAGACCGUUAAUCACAGAACAAAAUACCCUCCAGCGGUUUCAGAUGAUCUUUUCCCACCGCUCGGCCGUCAGCUGUUAAUUUCAGACUCUGAAAUAUUGUCGUCAAAGCUUUCCCCUCCUCGCAGCUCCUCGGUCUCCUGCUCCUCGAGCUCCUCCACGUCUCGGACCUGGGCAUUUUUAUUGAUAUUUAUUUUUAUUUUCAUGAGCCAACUGUGAAAAGGGCUAGAGCACAUGCUGAUGCAGCUCCGUCUGUCAGCCGCCUAUUUAUUUAUUUUCUAAGGUAUUGCUUUUCACCGAGCUAUGCAGUAACAGUUGUAGGUUUAUUUAUUAUUAUGAGAAUUUCAUUGUGAAUCAUUGUGUUGUUUUUCAAAUCGUACCUCGUGCUCUCUCCUCGCUCCCUCGUCUGUCUGUGGCUGACGAGUGGAAACUGUGAGAGACGUCUUUCCUCUGUGAACUGACCAGAUCUGAAAUGUUCAGAAGCUUCAUUAGGACACUACCGACCCAAGCAGCUUUACCUUCUCCUGUAUGCAACAAGUUACUUUCACAGGUUUUCAUCAUCUGUGAAAGUUACUUCCAGAUAUAUCCACCAUACAUGUUUUAAAGGGAUCAGACUUCAGUUUCCUUCUGCUAUGAAAACACUCAUCUAUAAAUUCAUGAGUCUUUGUUCCACACAAACCUGGAGUCCUGAGCCGCUGCUGCUUUCCAGUGUUGAUGUGACGCUGCCUGGGUUCCUGCUCCUUUCCCCUGUGACCCCUCCUCAGUUGACACACGGCACUUCUCAUGUUUACGUUUUGGUGACUUGGGGUCAAAAAUACUUGAAAGGAAAAACAAGGUUUUGAGAAAUGCAGUGAACACAGUGCGGCUGCAGAUAAGGAUUUCAUUGUUGACUCAAACUGUGAAGGAAGUCGGACCUGAGAGGCGAGACAAGUGUUGUGAGGUCACAGUUCCCUUGACCUUUGACCUCCCAAAUUCCAAUCAGUUCACGCGGUUUCUAAGUGAACGUUUAUAAGACAUUUGAAGAGAUUCCCUUAAAACAUCUGUGAGACGUCAUGUUCACAAUAAUGGGACAGAGAGACGGACAACCUGAAAACGUCCCUCUGGUCACGGGUUCUGAGACAUUUCCUCGAGUUUCAAAUGUUGAGUUGAACAAAAUCUUAAUAUCUGUAAUUUACAAAAGCAGCGAAUCCUCACAUCUGACACUUUAGAUCCAGCUUAUUUUAUUUAUUACUUGAAACAACUAUUGGAUGAAAGGUUCUCCUCGUUGCGUCCUCUGAACUGCACUAACUUUUUUUUCCAUUUUAACUUAAUCAGCUGGUAAAAUAUCAAAGUAAAAGGGAAAUGAGAGAUAUUUGACAAUGUACUACAUUUUCCACAACUUUCAAACACUUUAAUACUUUAAAAUCCAGUGUACAAGUUGUUCUUCCCUCUUUUCAUGUGUUAUUUAUUUAUUAUUUUCGUUGAACGUACCCGAGCUCACACUGUCAGCGGCAGGUCUGGUUUAAGAAAUGAGCCUUUUAAAACGCCACAGCCUGUUUUCUCAUGUGUCACUGUAUCUGCUGCCAUUUCCAUGAGCAUCGCUCUUCAUCCUCUCCUCCUCCUCCUCAUUGUCGCUGUGUGAAGAAGAAACAUGUAACCGUCACAGUUCUGCUGUCCUGAGUUGAGGGACAUUCAGUCCUAGUUCUUUAGUUCACCAGUCUUCAGUCCGUCAGUAGGAAAACAGAAUAGAGGAAUCAAAAAUACACAUACCUUGCUACAACGACUGUAUCCGAAAAAGAAAGUAAAAUCAGAUUAACAUAUCUUAUAAUCUGAGUAGAAACUCUUUGGAAACGAUUUGUAACUUUCCAGAAAUAAAUGUUCAUAUUGGUCAACUUU